CUCGGGCGCGCUCGGCCUGCGCCCGCGCACAUAUCGUCAAGACGCGGCAUCGGCAACAGUCGCGCGCGUUUCAAAUUUAAACACGUAGGGUUCUAACUCCGUAAACGUCACGGGAUAGGUCAACAUCCCUAAGAAUGGACUGAUUGUUUACAACAAAAAUAGAAACUUGUGAUUUUCGUUUUUUAGAAGUGCUUUGAACUGUUCGACGCAAACAUGUUGUGGGAGUCGAGUUUUUCUGAAGAGACGGAUACGAUGCCACAGACGGUCCCGCGGUCAGGCCUGAGCCCUCCGUCGGCGACGCAGGGCGAGCGCGCCGUGCCCGCUUCGCCCGCCGACCUGCAGCACUUGCUGCGCUACCUCGGCGCAGCCUCCCCCCCGGAACCGAUGCUCCAUCCCCCCACCACACACACCAAACCACCUCCGCCUUACCCAGAAGAUAACUCUUUCCUCGAGCGCCUACAUGACUUCGAAGGAUAUCCCACACCUUCACCAUCUUCUGACGAGGGAUCCAUUCCCGCAGUAGCGCUCCAGCCUCCCUCGCCUUACAGCUCCUUCUCCUACUCCCCCAACGUAUACAUCAAAGAAGAACCCAACAGACUUUCCGUGCCAGAGUUUGCAUCUCCAUACCCUCUUUCUCCUUCCGGCUCUUGCGCCUCAUAUGGCAGCACGAAUCAUUAUUCCUCCCCGGUCCCACAGCAUGAGGAAUAUAUCGACAUUGAAGAACUGUUGAAAGAGAAUCAGAUCUCCCAAGAAAAUAACCAACAGACUUUUAUCACUCCUAAACUCGAAAUCGAAGAGCCCAGAGACCACAACCUUUUAAGAUCAUUCCUUGAAGAUACAUCAUUCCAAAAGAGGUUUAAUUUGAGGCCAGUUGAAUUGGAUGUGAAGAUGGAAGAAAGCAGUGGAGGGGCGAACACAGAAGACACACUGGUCACUUCAGAAAUGGACAGAGUUAUUUGUAUGGCUAUCGAACAAUCUAAGAGAGAUGUCGACAACACGUGCAAUGUUCUGGGAAUCUCACCAGAUCCAAUGGUUUGGAGUACAGAAAACGUAAAGGCUUGGGUGGCGUUCACGCUCCAGACGUUCAGCUUGCCGAUGGUACCGACGGAGUACUUCGCGAUGGAAGGUGCCGCGCUGAUGGCACUUACCGAAGAAGAUUUCAACCGGAGAGCACCUCAGUCUGGCAGCACACUAUACGCGCAGUUAGAAAUCUGGAAGGCCGCGAGCCAGGAGGCGUCGCGGCAGCAGUGGGUUGAGUCGCAGCCGUCACCGACGCCCGCGCCCGUGCCGUCCGCCGAUGAUAUGAGCGAAGACGAGGAGUCCGAGUCUGUGAUCACGAGCGCUCCAGGCGGGAAGACCAAGACCGGCAGCACGCACAUACACCUGUGGCAGUUCCUUAAGGAGCUGCUCGCGUCCCCCCACGUGCAUGGCUCCGCCAUACGGUGGCUCGAUCGAAGUAACGGAGUGUUCAAGAUCGAGGACUCCGUCCGAGUGGCGAGGCUGUGGGGCAAGAGGAAAAACCGUCCGGCGAUGAACUACGACAAAUUGUCUAGAAGCAUCCGCCAGUACUACAAGAAGGGAAUCAUGAAGAAAACGGAACGAAGCCAGAGACUCGUAUACCAAUUUUGUCAUCCGUACUGUUUGUAAUACGAGUACUCUGUCCGUAGUUUUAGUUAUCUGUAAAUAUUUAUUGUAAAUAAGGUGUGUAGAGCCGUGGUAAUGCGGUCGUCACGGAGGCUCCCGGCCUUGCGCAGCAAGCUCCGCGGAGUCUCGGCCCGAACACUUGUUCUCGGCGGUACGUUAUCCCGAGACCGAGUUAUUAGGCGAUGUUUUAUUCCCUCCAUACAAUUCGAGAAAGGUAAUUUUCUUCGGAAUUCUAUCGGACGGGAAAUAGCUGUGUGCGUUAAAGUAAGUUUUUUUACCAGCGACUAAAUGAGCACACUGGUCGACGCUACGGCCGUGCUCGUCGAAAGCUGGUAAUGUUUAUCCCAUAUAUCUAUGAUGUAGCCCGUGUACGUUCUAUGAACUUUUAGUUAUUAAUUGUCGUGUAAAUAUCUAUAUACCUAAGUAGGUAUGUAUAAGAUUUUGUAAUUUUUUGUACCUAGGUACCUUUUUAAUAUAACUUUGCAAAGAGCAAUCGAUAAAUAGUAGUACCUAGUUUUAUUUUAAGAAUUGGAAUGAAGGCGGUGAAUUGGCAAAUUUUGGGUACCGAUUUAAAUUAGAAUUUUGUGCCAAAUAGAUAAGGAUAUUUAUUGGGGACAAAAUUUGUAAAUUGUGAUAUAUUUCACCACCCGCCGAUAAGAAGACGUGAAUUAAUAAAAACGGUGUCGGGUAAGUUAGGUGCAUUGAAGAGAUUUUAUUAGUUUUAUACAAACCAAGACGCAGUUAGUGUCUUCAUUAAAUUAUGUCUAAGUAAGUUUAUUGGACCAAACUAAUGUAGAUAAUAUUUUAUCACGUAAUAAUAAAUUUCAAUGAUCAUU